AUGGCUCUGGGCAACGAAAGGAUGGGUCUGCUAAAAGCCGAGCGUCAAGAGUGCGAGACUGAACCUCGGGACUCGUGUCGAUCGCAGACGUUAUCGGUCGACGGCGGGGGGAAAGCCAUGAAGGACAAGACAGACGCAGACAAAGAAAACACUGAAGCUCAGGCUGAACGCCGGGACUCGUGGCGAUCGCAGGCGUCAUCGGUCGACAGCACGGGGGAAGCCACGAAGGACAAGACAGACAUAGAGGAAGAAAACAUCGACGCUCAGGUCGAGGUAAAUGACGUUACAACCGUAGCCGCCCAGACCACAAGGAAGGCUUAG